AUGAUUUUGCAUUUCUGGGGAGGAAAACUGUUUGUAAGCAAAACAGCUCUCCUCCCUGUCAGCUCGUGCACACUGCUUUGGAUGGCUGUGCACAGCACAGCCAUGCAAACCAGUGUGCUUACAGUGAAGCACAUGGACACAGCCCAAUGUAACACAGCACACAGUUAACCCUUUGAUCGCGCCUCAUCUUAACCCCUUCCUGCCCAGUGCCAUUAGUAUAGUGUCAGUGCUUUUUUUUUUUAGCACUGAUCACUGUAUUGGUGUCACUGGGGAUGUCAAUGACACCAAGUCAGUUCCCUCCAGUGUCAGAAUGUCCUCCACAGUCCUACAGUCCCGCUAUAA